AUGUCAUCGAAUUUCAAGCAGUUAUCAUCGAUGGUGUGUCAGAAGUUGGUGGGUCUUCUUGAGUUAUUCACGAAGCGUCACUCAAAAUUGAUAGAGCAUAUGCGGGCGAAUGCUGAGUAUGAAGUGGACAGUGGAAAGCAGCUGCCGAAUUAUGUAAGUUUCGAUGCAUUUUUUGGAUUUUGUUGUUUUGUUUUUGGUUUUUUGUUUUGA